UUGCUAUCAAGAUCAUAGACAAGACCCAGCUGGAUGAAGAAAACCUGAAGAAGAUUUUCCGGGAAGUUCAAAUUAUGAAGCUGCUUUGCCACCCUCACAUCAUCAGACUCUACCAGGUUAUGGAGACAGAUCGGAUGAUUUAUCUGGUGACGGAAUAUGCUAGUGGCGGGGAGAUAUUUGACCACCUGGUGGCCCACGGCAGAAUGGCAGAAAAGGAGGCCCGUCGGAAGUUCAAGCAGAUCGUCACAGCUGUCUAUUUUUGUCAUUGUCGGAACAUUGUUCAUCGUGAUCUAAAAGCAGAAAACUUGCUUCUGGACGCCAACCUGAAUAUCAAAAUAGCAGAUUUUGGCUUCAGUAACCACUUCACCCCCGGGCAGCUGCUGAAGACCUGGUGUGGCAGCCCCCCCUAUGCCGCCCCUGAGCUCUUUGAAGGAAAGGAAUAUGACGGACCCAAGGUAGACAUCUGGAGCCUGGGCGUCGUCCUGUACGUGCUGGUGUGCGGAGCCCUGCCGUUCGAUGGGAGCACGCUGCAGAAUCUGCGGGCCCGGGUGCUGAGCGGCAAGUUCCGCAUCCCGUUUUUCAUGUCCACAGAAUGCGAGCACCUGAUCCGCCACAUGCUGGUGUUGGACCCCAGCAGGCGCCUGUCCAUGGAGCAGAUCUGCAAGCACAAGUGGAUGAAGCUCGGGGACGCCGACCCCAACUUUGAAAGGUUGAUAGCUGAAUGCCAGCAGUUAAAAGAAGAAAGACAGACGGAGCCCCUGAAUGAGGACGUCCUCGGGGCCAUGGAGGACAUGGGGCUGGACAAAGAGCGGACCCUCCAGUCCUUGAGAUCAGAUGCCUACGACCACUACAGCGCCAUCUACAGUCUGCUGUGUGAUCGUCAUAGGAGACACAAGACUUUACGUGUUGGAGCACCCAGCCUGCCCCGAACCAUGGCCUUUCAAACACAAGUCAAUCUCCAGGCAGAGCAGGCAGGGACCGCGGUGAACAUGAGUGUUCCCCAGGUGCAGCUGAUCAACCCUGAGAACCAGAUCGUGGAGGCCGAUGGGACGGUGAACUUGGACAGUGAUGAGAGUGAAGAGCCGUCCCCUGAAGCACUGGUCCGCUAUUUGUCGAUGAGGCGGCACACAGUGGGGGUGGCAGACCCACGCACGGAAGUGAUGGAAGACCUGCAGAAGCUCCUCCCUGGCUUUCCUGGGGUCAAUCUGCAGGCCCCGUUCCUGCAGGUGCCUCCGAACAUGAACUUCAUGCACAACCUGUUGCCCAUGCAGAAUUUGCAGCCAACUGGGCAACUCGAGUACAAGGAGCAGUCCUUGUUACAGCCACCUGCCCUCCAGCUGCUGAAUGGAAUGGGCCCCCUUGGCCGAAGGGCAUCCGAUGGAGGAGCCAACAUCCAGUUGCAUGCCCAACAGCUGCUGAAGCGCCCACGGGGACCUUCCCCGCUUGUCACAAUGACACCCGCAGUGGCAGCAGUGACCCCUGUGGACGAGGAGAGCUCGGAUGGGGAGCCCGACCCGGAAGCUGUGCAGAGGUACUUGGCAAAUAGGUCCAAAAGACACACACUGGCCAUGACCAACCCUACAGCUGAGAUCCCACCGGACCUACAACGGCAACUAGGACAGCAGCCUUUCCGUCCCCGGGUCUGGCCUCCUCACCUGGUACCUGAUCAGCAUCGCUCUACCUACAAGGACUCCAAUACCCUGCACCUCCCCACGGAGCGCUUCUCCCCUGUGCGCCGCUUCUCAGAUGGGGCUGCAAGCAUCCAGGCCUUCAAAGCUCACCUGGAAAAAAUGGGCAACAGCAGCAGCAUCAAGCAGUUGCAGCAGGAGUGUGAGCAGCUGCAGAAGAUGUACGGGGGGCAGAUUGAUGAGCGGACCCUGGAGAAGACCCAGCAGCAGCAUAUGCUGUACCAGCAGGAGCAGCACCACCAAACGCUGCAGCAACAGAUCCAAGAGUCGAUCUGCCCCCCUCAGCCUUCUCCACCUCUUCAGGCCGCAUGUGAAAACCAACCAGCCCUCCUUACCCACCAGCUCCAGAGGUUAAGGAUUCAGCCUUCAAGCCCACCUCCCAGCCAUCCCAACAACCAUCUCUUCAGGCAGCCCAGUAACAGCCCUCCCCCGAUGAGCAGUGCCAUGAUCCAGUCUCACGGUGCUGCAUCUCCCUCCCAGUUCCAAGGCCUGCCCUCCCGCAGCGCACUCUUCCAACAACAGCCUGAGAGCUGCUCUCCUCCUCCCAACGUGGCACUAACCCGCUUGAGCCUGCCACAGCCCACCCAGUCCCAGCAGGUGACCAUCCAAGUCCAGGAGCCCGUGGACAUGCUCAGCAGCGUGCCAGGGACAGCUGCCAGCGCAUCCGGGAGGGGCCUUGCCAUCUCUCCCAAUGCCAGCCAGAUUCAGAUGCAGCAUCGUAACAGCCUGAUUGCCACCCUCAGCUACGCGCACCGGCCCCUGUCCAAGCAGCUGAGCGCCGAUAGUGCAGAGGCCCACAGCUUGAAUGGGAGUCGAUUCUCCCCUGCUAACUACGACCAGGCCCAGCUGCACCCCCAGCUGUUCUCGGACCAGAGCCAGGCUGCCCCCUGCAGCUACAGCCCUUCAGCCGGAGUGGGCUUCCCUGCAGCUCCCGCCCUGAAAGUCCCUCCCCUUGACCCGUUCCCCACCUUCCCUCCCAGCGCACAUCAGCCGCCGCCGCACUACACCACGUCCGCACUACAGCAGGCCCUCCUGUCCCCCACGCCGCCGGACUACACCAGACACCAGCAGGUACCACACAUUCUUCAAGGACUGCUCUCUCCCCGGCACUCGCUCACGGGCCACUCGGACAUCCGGCUUCCCCCCGCGGAGUUUGCGCAGCUCAUUAAAAGGCAGCAGCGGCAGCAGCAGCAGCAGCACGAGUAUCAUGAACUGUUCAGGCAUAUGAGCCACGGCGACGCUGGGGGCCUGGCGUCGAGUCUUGGGGGACAGAGCAUGGCAGAGCACCAGGCAUUACCUUACCAAAACGCUGACUCCUACCACCACCACCACCACACCAGCCCCCAGCACCUUCUACAAGUCAGAGCACAGGAGUGUGCCGCUCAGGUCUCCUCGCACCCACCGCCCCACGGGCAUGCUCACCAGCCAGCCCUCGUGCACCCAGAGAGCAUGGAGGAGGACUGCUCGUGCGAGGGGGCCAAGGAGGGCUUUCUAGACAGUAAGAGUGCAAAUUCCUUGACCAAAGCUGGCCAGGACAGCCCCCUGCUCUUGAGUACCGGUGGACCUGGGGACCCUGAGUCGUUGCUAGGGUCCGUGAGCCAUGCACAGGAGCUGGGCCUGCAUCCCUUCCGACAUCAGCCGACAGCUGCGUUCAGUAGGAGUAAGGUUCCCAGCCGAGAGUCUGUCAUAGGACAGAUGGACAGAAGUUCUCCAGGACAAGCCAUGGCGCUGCCAGAUCACAACGGGCUUGGGUACCCAGCACGGCCCUCAGGCGGCGAGCACCACCGGUCCCGGACCCUGCAGAGACACCACACGAUCCAGGGCAGCGAUGAUGCUUAUGUGCAGCUGGAUAACCUGCCAGGAAUGAGUCUCGUGGCAGGGAAAGCACUUAGUUCUGCGCGGAUGUCAGACGCAGUUCUCAGCCAGUCCUCGCUCAUGGGGAGCCAGCAGUUUCAGGACGAGGACAAUGAAGAAUGUAGGGAGAGUCUGGAAGGUCACGAGCACCCAGACCUGACUGGUGGCAGCCAGCAUCUAAACUCCUCUUGCUAUCCGUCUGCGUGUAUUACAGACAUCCUGCUCAGCUACAAGCACCCUGAGGUCUCCUUCAGCAUGGAGCAGGCAGGCGUGUAACAGGAAACGGCGAGUGCUGUGUACAGUCUGGGAGUGCAGCGGUCCCUUUACUCCAGCAGUAUCGCCCUUGUGUUCCUCCGCACCCGGCAUUCCGUGGCUCUUGCCCUCACACUGGGUGGCUCGGUGUGCUGGGCUCGGGGCUCUGAGGGGGUCUGGCUUGUAUGAUGACAUCACCAAGGAAAUAAACAGGACAUCCGUGUCUCCACCUCUCAUGCAGGAGCAUUUGGUGUAUUUCAGUUGGGUGGGUUUCUCACUGGUUUUGAGGGGCUGCGGUUCCCCCGUGCUUUCUCUGGGGGGUCGUUUCUUUCCUGUCUCCCCUUCUUUCUCGUUCUUCUCUUCCCUCCUCCCUCUCUUCCUUCCCCCUGCCCCGUCUCCCCCUUCCCUGGCCACCCCUCCCUCUGCCUCCCUCUAUUUGAGACCAGCCAGUGAGCAAAGCCAGAGGUCUCUGAGCCACCCCAACCCCCACCCCCAGCUUGCCUUUACAGAACACCCUCCAUCCACCUGCCUUGUCCUCUGCUCCCGGGAGCAGACACCAAGGGCUGACAGUGGCUCAGGGAAGGGAGAGGAAGGGCGGAGUGGUGGCCCCUGGCACUUGGAGGACAGAGUCAAAGAAACCCCAAGCCUGGAACCCAAGAGGGGUCUGCUGCUGGGUUACCCAGAAAGGUGUCUGGCCCAGCCAAGAUCGACCGCAGCUUGACCCUAGAGCACUGCUCCAUGGAGCCCUCUCAGAGCCUAACCCAGCCCCUUCUCGGAACGGCAACAGUUGGUUGCCUCUUUCGCCCUGUUGGCUCUCCCCAUGGAACACCCAAUAGGGGUGUACUUCCAUUCUCCCUUUGUAAAAGUCUGCUAUUAAAAAAGCAGACCGGUUCUCCUUUUAUAUGUAAAUAUCUGUGUGUUUCCCCCUCUGAGCCUCUUUGUCUCGGGCAAGAAGAAAUAGGAGGUGUCUUGGGUCCUGCCUCUCCUAACUUCCCCUCCCCUGCAAGCCCCUCCCCUGGGCGGCCUCAGCCCCUAUCUUCAUUCUUGAUCAUGUAGGAAUUGUUUUAGAUAAAUGUUGAUAUUAUCGUUAUUAUGAUGAUGAUUAAUAAAGACAAAAGGGAUUUUUGUUUAAGAGAGAAAAGUUUAACCAGAUUCUGUUCUAUUUGAAUUGUGACUUGCACCUUCUGCUCAAAAGUAUUUUAUUUAGACAUUGUAAUUGUGAACGGGUUUUCCUCGUGCCAGUGACAAAUGUAGUGGUCUUGUCCCCACCCCACCCCACCCCUACCUACCCCGUGCAUAUGCAAUAGCUAUUGUUUGUGUCAUUAUUUUUCUUUUUCUUCACUGUUAGAGACCAAAGUCUUCUCUGCUGGCCAGGGGCUGAGAGAGGAUCUGGCUUAGCCCUUUCUCAUCCUCAAAGCAAGAAAGAGAUGUAAACGUUCUGACUCUUGACCCUUUUCCCUGAAAGAGUAACAGGUCCCUCACCCCUUCCUAGUCUCUUCGUGCCCCGCAGCCCCCCCCCUCCCCACACCGAAUUUGCACAGAAGAAGCGGGUACCCAGCAUGCCUUCCUGCGUGGCUGGCAGGAUCCCAGGCAGCUGGCUCUUCUCCACUGGCUCCUGGCAGCUCAGUUCUCGGACCCACUAGCCUCCCAUGGAUGUCUGCAGUGCCAGAGCCCUCCGCAGGAUGGAGCCCUGUUUCCAUGGGCCCCAGUCUCCCCACCGCUUGGUGGGACCACCAACUAACUACUCAGCAGCAGGGGGUUUCCAAGAAAACCCAAAAAAGCUUUUGUCUGAUUGCUCUGGGCUGGGUCCAACUCUGCUCCCCCACCCCCUCAGCCUACCCACCUGGCUCUGCCCCGCUCUGCCGUCCUGUUUACAUGGUACUGUCUUUGUGGAAGAGCAGAUCGCCACCUGGCAGCAGCUGCCCAGAUGACAGGCAGGGAGCCUAUUAACGUGCCAUCUUGCAGACUACACUUUUAAAAGAAAUCAUUGCUUUGUAUUGUAGUAAUCAGUAAGCGCAGUAUUUGUUGAAUGUAUAUGGAUAUACUAUACUAUUUCUGUUAUUUGAAAAAAAAUGUUCGAAGUAUUUUCUUUCCUUUCUCAUUGAUGUUGAACUAAAAAAGGAUUAAAGAGAUCUCCAGACCUA